CGCCGGCCCUCACCAAAAACUUCCCUUCUUUCUUAAACAGCACUGUUUCCGAUUCUGAGUAGAACUCAAAACCCCAUCAAAGUAUUAAGCCCCAGCCACGCUUCGCGCGCCACCAUCUUCUUCUGCUUUGCAUCGAAUUCCUCAUUUUUUUUAUAUAGUAUUCUCCAAUUCAGAAAUUUCACCCUCGAAAACAAUGGAAACUACAAAUAUGGAGGAAACAGACCAAGGAAUUGAUGAGUUUCUUCCAGAAGAGACUGGUCAGUUUUUGCGGCAUAUCCCAGAAGAAGUCAUUUCGAAAGUUCUGUCAGGACUGCCCAUCAAAUCUCUCUGUCGAUUCAAAUGCGUUUGUAAGUCAUGGAAGUCUUUAAUUUCCGAUCCGAAAUUUAGUCUGAUUACUUCUAGGGGUAGAGAACGAGCAAUUUUCUGGGAUGAAAGAACCCCAUCUUUUUAUUCUUUAGACCGUGAUCUUGUUCUGGAAAAGCUUCCCAGCCCACUGGAAAAAAUCCCUGAUUGUGCAAAUCAAGAGUGCCUAUUUCUUGGUUCCUGUGAUGGGCUGUUGUUGUUCAGAGUUUCUGACACAGUAUUGUUGUGGAAUCCAUCGACCCGAUGCUGUAGGAGACUGUUUAACCUUAAUCUCAUGGCUAAAGAUUACGUUGUAGAAGCUUCAGGGCUUUGUUUUGAUGAAUCAAUUCGGGAAUAUGUGGUAAUCUUAGCACUCUUUGGCGGGAGGAGGGGGGACAGGAGGAUUGUUCGCUCAGCUAGUUUGAGUACUAAAAUUCACAAACGGAUUUGUUUUCCUUAUGAAAUUUGUUAUUUAGCUAACUCAGGCAUUACUGUCAAUGGAAACCUGCACUGGAUAAUUCAAGAAAGGAAAGGGGAUCCUCAAUUGAUAAUUUAUUUUGAUGCAAAGGCUAGUAGAUUUAGCAAGUUGCCAAUGCCCAAGUACAAUGUUGGAGAUUCUACACAUAUAUUUGGGUUAGGGGUUCUGGAUGGAUGUCUAAGUAUGUCACGAUUUGGAAAUAUCUGGAAUCAAGAACAUGCUAAUGAGAUUUUAAUCAUGAGAGAAUAUGGUGUGGAGGAGUCAUGGACUACUUUGUGUUGCUUACCUUUCAAAGUUGUUGGUGGAUUGGGCUGGUUGGGCUGGUUGCCACCACUGUUCUAUACCAAGAAGAACAAGGAAGUUUUGGUGACAAAUGGUGUCCAUGUUUCUGUGUUUGAUUUGAGAGACAAGUCACUGAGGGAUAUUCAUUUGCCAAAACUUCCAAAUUUCUAUCAGUGUCAUAUGUAUCUGGAAAGUCUACAAAAGGUCCAUCCAUUGAAUCCUGAUGAGAGCAUGGGAAAGGAAAAGGAAAAACUGGUGAUACGCAAAGAUUAGGCAGUACAGGCUGGUGCUUUGAUGUAAUUUUUCUAACUGAAAACAGUUUAAGCAACUCUUGGAUGUCAAAAAUAUAAGGGAAAGGCUAGGCAGAAAAAGGGAAACUUGAUAAAGGAUUUGAGAAGAUUGGUAAAGCAAGGGCUUUCAUUUAUGAACAAGAGCUGCUUUUAAAUCUGGUCGAUUGGGAAAAGGCAGGAAGUUGAAGAGAUGAACUUUAGCUUUUGGCUAUUGGAACUUUAUUAGCUUCCAAAUGCUUGCUUCUAAAAUGCAGUAGGUAACUAGGUAGGUAGGUAGGUACUACCUUUCUCUUCCUAUGUGUCUCUUAGGAUACUGGUAUUAUUGUCUGAAUUUUUCAAUAGUUAUUUAUGUUUUCACCUGCUGGUGAUGUAAUAACUUGGAUUUUCCUAAAAUGU